UUCAAACAUUGAAUUCUUCUAUUGGUCGAUCUACAGAACAGACGUAGAAAAAAAGAUUAGUUCGUUCAAGUCAAGUUUGUCUUUCAAGAAGGAGAGAAAAAUGGCCGUCGUUGUUUUGCAGAGUAGUCUGCAGUCUGCAAGAAGCAGUAUAUUGCCAGCAUUGACAGCAGGUGUUCAAAAUGCCUCAUAUAGUACAGACAGUGAUGUUCACCCCAUCAAGAAUGCAAGUCUGCCAGCUCUUAAAAGAGGAACUGGAGGCCGCAGUAGUUUCAACGGUGUAGUAGCCACUGUGUUUGGAGCAAGUGGAUUUCUAGGACGCUACGUCUGUAACAAAUUGGGAAAGGUUGGCAGCCAGUUGAUCAUCCCGUAUCGAGGAGACCACUAUGAUGUGCUUCGGCUCAAGCUGUGUGGAGAUUUGGGACAGGUUCUCUUCCAAACUUUUGACCCCAAGGACAUGGACUCCUAUCGCAAAUGUAUUAAAUACUCUAAUGUAGUAAUUAAUCUUAUUGGGCGAGAUUGGGAAACCAAGAACUACACGUAUCAUGAUGUCAAUGUCAAAAUUCCACGUACAUUGGCUAAACUAUGCAAAGAAGCUGGUGUUGAAAAAUUCAUCCACAUCUCUCAUCUGAAUGCUGCUGAAAGACCAGAGCCACACAUGCUAAAAGAAGGCUCAAAGUUCCUUGCAACCAAAUGGGAAGGAGAGCAAGCUGUAAGGGAGGAAUUCCCUGGAGCAAUAAUCUUCAAGCCAUCAGACAUCUAUGGUUCUGAAGAUCGAUUUUUGAGAUCAUACGCCCAUUUCUGGAGGCAUACAAUUCACUGGUUGCCUAUGUGGAAGAAAGGUGAACACACAAUCAAACAACCAGUGUUUGUGUCUGAUGUGGCAGCUGGAAUAUCAGCAGUCUGCAAAGAGCGAGACACAAUUGGUCAGACCUAUCAAGCUGUUGGGCCAAAACGCUAUCUGUUGUCCGACUUGGUGGACUACUUCCACAGUGUGAUGAGGAAGGACAAAAAGAAUUGGGGCUAUUGGAGGUACGACAUGAGGUUCGACCCUUUCUUCAAGAUGAGGGUGAUGGCCACAGAGAUGAUGCCAGGCACACCGAUAGCAUCACUUGGAUUUGACAAGCUUGAGAGGGAGUGCAUAAGUGACUGUGUCAUGCCCGGAGUGCCCACACUGGAGGACCUAGGAGUAACUCUGACUCAACUGGAAGACCAAGUCCCUUGGGAACUCAAGAUGUACCGAGCAUUUAACUACUAUGAGGAGCAAGAGGGAGAGUUUGAAACCCCCAUCCCACCACCUGCUGUGCCAUAAACGCACAUAUUCAACACAGUAGUAUAUUCCUGUACAUAACCUGUUUUGUGCUCAUUUCUGCUUGGGGUCUGUGUAUUUCUUAAUUUUUCCUGAUUUAAUUUGUGUAUUCAACUUGUUUGUUACAUUAAAUUAUUACCCUAAUCUGAAUAAUGCAAUGUCAUCUUGGAUGAUUAAUAAAGUUGUUAGUUAUA